CUCGAAUUCAAAAUGGAAUAUCAUCCAUCCAGUGGUCAUGAACCACUGUUCCAAGCAUUCGAUGAGUUUCGCGUUAACGCACAUGAUGCUCCCGAUGGCCUUCGUGUUGAUGAAGAGCCAUGGCGCCCUUUCUCCUCACGAGGUGACUUCAAAUUUGCGGAAAUUGCUCUGGACGCUGCGCUUAACAAGUCGCAUAUUGAUGGACUACUAUCUCUGAUUGCCCGCAUCGCGAGAGGCCAGAUUAAAAUAACACUAAAAAACGAUGCUGAUUUCCGCAAUGCAUUGCAUAGCGCGAAGGAGCGCGUGUAUGAGGUCCAUUCUUUGCCCAUAUGGGAAUGGGCCCUUGAUUUACUAGAAAAUCCCUUGCUCGCACCUCAUUUCGUCUGGGACGCUCAACGUGUAUUCAAACAUAAUAGUACGGGAUUUGAACGGUUUUACGAUGAACCGUGGACAGGCGAUCAAUGGUGGGAUGUCCAGUCCGGUCUUCCGCAUGGUCUUGUCGCGGCCCCCUUUUGCUUCAUAUUGUAUGCGGACAAGACAAGACUAUCAUCACACGGUACAGUAAAGGCGUAUCCCGUUGUGGUACGUUGUGCCAAUUUACCAGUAGGAAUUCGGAAUGGUGAGGGCAUUGGCGGCGGCCGUGUAGUUGGUUUGUUGCCUAUCGUUUCCGAAGACGCAAGCGAAAACGGCAAGACAGGUUUCACAAAUUUCAAGCGUGUGAUAUGGCAUGAGUCAUUUGUGAAGUUCUUGGAACUGGUCGCACAAUACUCGAAGACAGGCUAUUCAUUCAAGUGCUUUGACCAGAUUCUGCGCUGGCUGUUUCCCAUCUUACUGAUACUUUCCGCUGACUAUGAAGAACAGUGUAUGAUGUCGCUGAUUCGUGGCCAUCAUAGCAAAUGCCUGUGCCCGGUAUGCAUCAUACCACUUGACGAACUUCAUGAUCUCUCGAAGUCGUUUCGGUUGAGAUCAAUGCAAGACGCAAUAGCUGCACUUAACGUCUACGAGGAAAGCAAGGCUCGCGGUGAAGAACUGUUGAAGGUGCUAGGACUACGUCCUAUCAAGAACGUCUUGUGGAGUGUUUCGCACUCUGACCCUCAUGAUGCGAUCAGUCUCGACCGCUUACAUGCUCUUCAUUUGGGAAUUUGGAAGCAUCUACUCAACGAGUUGAAGAAGAUUCUCAAAUUCUUGGGACGUGAGGCAGAGUCAUUGUUUGAAGAGGAAAUUGCCAACUUCCCUCGAUGGCGCAAGUUAAAUCACUUCAACACCGUCAUCCACAUGUCAUUCAGCGAUGGAAAUAAGAUGCAGGAUUUAUCUAGACAAUCUCUCUACUCAGCAUUGAAUAUUUUGAAGCAAGCUGAUAGCCCAGACGGGUACCGACUGCUUCGUGUCAUCAGCAGCUACCUGCAGCUUGACAGUUAUAUUGGGUUUAACGUGCAUACAACAAGCACGUUGAACGCCAUUGAAGCCGAAUUACUUGUUUUUAAUGAUGCACUCAAGGACUACGCGCAAUGUGCUGCAGAAUCUCCUAUCGAAGAUUUAAGAGUCGACUGGGACUUCCCAAAGACUCACCUCUGGAAACACGUGACCCGCGACAUCCGGAUGAAGGGCGCGGCAUGCAACUACAGUACUCGUCCAAAUGAGAAGCUUCAUGGCCCUUUGAAGGAGGCUUACGAGCGCCAAUCGAACAGAAAGAAAGUGGCUGAACAGAUUCUUCGUGUCAACCAAAAUAAAUUCGCAAUCAACCUGUUGAGAGGACGUGUUGACACAUUUGACAAGCAGCGCAACCUCGAGGACGAUGAAGUUGAUGAUCUGGACGCUGCGGCUCAAGACAAUCCAGCUGUUGCACAAGGACAUAUCAAACUUGGCUCGCCGCAGCAACUCAAAUCUAUCCAAGACAUCGAGAAUAUCUGUAGCCCGACUGACCGUGCUUUUCAAGACUUUCGUAGGAAGUUCUCCAGAUUUCACAAUACAUCUUUGCCUGGGUAUGGAUAUGAACUGAGGAGAUGGAUUACCCUACCCGCCAAUUUCGAGAUUUGCGCACAUCACUACCUCAAGGUCAACUAUGAGUCGACCGUUGACUGGAAACAAGCUACCGAUUACCUUCGGUGCAAUCCGAGUUUCCACGGGCAACCACGCUAUGACUGCGCCCUCAUACAGCUCAAUCCGGAAAGAUCAGUAUUCGUUAAGCUUAUACUCAUGUUCAAGUGCCAUCUCCCAGAUGUUGGGUCUUUUGAGUUCGCACUGGUCCAGCCAUAUACUGCGGGCACUGGUAUUUCUCGCAGAAUUGACCGUGAACUCAAGUUCACUCGUGUCAAGGCUGUUCCUAGAGCAAACUCCAUAUUUGUUCUGCUCGCAUCUUUCAUCCGUGGUGCUGUUUUGUUCCCUGACCGCGAACAUCAAGGUGAAUUUAUCGUUGUUGACCAUAUCGAUAGCUACAUGUUGACUCACAUUGUGUUACAUUCCUCAAUGUGGUUUCUUUGGAUUUGCAUGUAUACUGAUAACUUAUGCAUUCACAGGCGCAUUUCUUAUUGA